AUGGAACUCUCUUUGGACGAGAAAGAGGGCGGUUUCAUGCCAGAAUCGCCUCGAGAGUUGACUUCGCCUGGAGAGUUGAUUUCAACAACCCUCAUCAAACCACAGGCUCGCGACGCUUACGAUCCAAAUAUCACAUUCGAGGAGUACCAUUACUAUUCGAAGAAGACAAGAGAAGAGGAAGAGCUUUUGGAGCCUCCGGUGCUCAAUAUCCGACAACUUCUCUCAGGCAAAAAGACCGAAGAAGGGCCAAUUACGACACUGACAGAGAAAGACUUUUCAACUCGCGAGCGGAGACUUGCAAUCACAGACGAGGAAUGGACAAAUGCAAGCCGUUCGCUUAGGUCUGCCUCAUGGGGUGCCUGUUUCUAUUUGAUCACAACGGAUAUUCUGGGCCCGUAUGGUGCGGGCUUUGCAAUGGGCACGUUGGGUUGGGGACCAGGCAUUGCCUUCUACACUGUUUUCGGAUUCAUGGCCGGAUACUCUGGAUAUCUCCUUUGGCGCGUCUUCCUCGGCGUGGACAGCUACGAGUUCCCGGCCAAGAACUAUGGUGAUCUCGGAUUCCGGACGCUUGGUCGGUACGGUCGCCAUCUUACAAAUGUCUCUCAGGCGAUUUCGCUACUCUUGCUUGUGGGCCAAGUCACAAUCGGAUUUGGCGAAAACAUCUCUCAAGUAUCACAGUUCCGACUCUGCUAUGUUGUCUGUCCCGUCAUCUUUGCUUGUGUCGGCUUCUUUGUUUCUCAGAUCAGGACUCUCAAAGCGUAUGGCUGGAUUGCAAAUCUCGCAGUGUGGAUGAAUCUGUUUGUCAUCUUCAUGACUAUGGGUGUGAUGUCGAUGUCUCCACCGAACUACAAAAUUUCCACGCUCGGGUCUGCUGGCAGUGCGGUUGACAGAGCAACGAUCACACCGGAUAGUGAGGGUAACUACCCGCCGAUCAUGCAUUACAACAAUAUCCCCACAGAUGGACUCAUUGGGUCGGUGAAUGGCAUGCUUUCCGGUGUGCUGGCAUAUGCAGGUGCACAGCUGUUUGUUGAAUUCAUGGCCGAAAUGCGGCGGCCUCGAGACUUCCUCAAGGCUAUGUGGGGAGCCCAGUUUUUUAUCUACAGCGUCUAUCUCACUCACGGAUGCGUCGUCUAUCAUCUCCAAGGACAGUACAGCUUCAGUCCGAGUUACCAGGGUAUCAGCGUCUACUCGUGGCAAACCGUCGGCAACAUGGUUUCUUUGCUCUCUGCUCUGAUCUGCGCAGGCCUCUACGGAAACAUUGGAGUCAAGAUCGUCUACAAUAACGUCUUGAUGGAUAUUUUCGGUAUGCCUCCUCUGAAUACCCGGGUUGGCAAAAUUGUCUAUGCUUCCCUCGUCCCAAUUUGGUGGACGAUCGCCUUUAUCAUCGCCGCAGCCGUUCCAGAUUACUUUGGCUUCGUCAGCAUCAUUUCCGCUUCCAUGCUUUUGAACUUGACAUUUACCAUACCUCCCUUGUUUGCCCUUGCAUUUGACAUCCAGAAGAAUGCUAUUCGACCGGAGAUUGGUGAAGGAUUCAACCCGACAACCGGAGAGGUGAUCCGGACCGAAUCAACAAUGGCAAGAUGGGUCCGCGGUUUCUUUUCUGGCGGCGCCUUCCAAGUCGCCACCAACGUUUGGCAUAUUGUGUUCUGCUUAGCAUCACUCUCGAUGUGUGGACUGGGCAUGUGGGCGGCUAUUGUUGGAAUGGUUGAUGCCUUCCAGCUCCCGCAGCUUAACUCGUUCUCUUGUGUCUCGCCGCUCAACCUGAAUGCUUAA